ACCACCGGCUGCCAUCUCUAAAUAUAUAGCCACGAUAUGACAAGGUUCUAUUGCCAUCCGCCCCGCUUUGCGUCUGCUCGCCAUCCUCCUUCCACCCCUCGCCUCAUCGUCGCUCACAGCUUCUUCUAGAAGAUGUCGUCCCGAGAGCUGGAGGGGGCGCAGUUGGAUGUACCCGAGGUGCGCCCUAGGCUCGUCUGGGGGCGCCGCGCUCGUGCGAACGGAGGACGCCGCCGCCCGCGCGGCAGGCACGGAUUCUAUAAAUAUAAGGCGACGUUCUCCCGCGGCUCGUAUCCCCUCCCGACGAAGCCCCGCCUCGUAGGACCGAAGCUAGAAGAGUUUCAUGUGAUUCCAGUCAAUACAUUCCCACCAACGGGGAAUGCUGUUGUAGAUGAAAAGCGCUACAGGAUCUCUCAGGUGUAUGGUCUAAUUGCAAGAAUUCGUAUGCUCAUAUGUGCUCGUUCGGAUAUGGGGAUGACAUUUGGGAUCUAUCUUGCGGACACACGUCGGUAUUGGAAAAGACACGAUCAUCUUCUGGAAUUUGCUGAAGCCUUGCGCAAGAAGCUGUUAGCUACUACGUACCCUGCUAAAAAGGUUUUUGCGAACAGUAGUUGUAUGCAGAAAGGUUCUUGCUACUCUGCUUAAUCCAAACUAUGGCCCCUGUUGUACGGAAUCCAAUAAAAUGUGGUGAAAUCGUGGGAUUCCUCCUAAUGCAAAUGCGAUCGUCAACAGCUAGUAUUCGGUUUUUGUUUGGUUUGUUAACUGAUAUUGUGAACAGUAUUCGGUGGUUGACUGUUCAUCUGAGAAAUGAGAUCGUUAACAAUGUACUA